AUGACAUCGGCAACGACUAAAAUGAGCAUAAACAACAACGAUUUGGAAACAUAUAGCAUCGUUUGGUUAGAUGCUUCAGUUAACAGUGAAGAAAAUAUGGAUGCUCAAAAGAAAUUACGAAGUAUAGUAAAUCAGCUACGAACCUUUAUCGAUCCCGAAGAAUUUAUGAAGGAUGUUGGCUUCAUUCGACAGGGUGAUCUCACAAUUCUAAUUGUAAGUGGUCGAUUAGGGCGUAUUGUAGUUCCUGAAAUGCAGAAAUUAGAAGAAAUGUGUUCGAUUUACAUUUAUUGCUUCAAUAAGGAGGCAAAUUUAGAAUGGAGUCGUUCAUUCAGCAAAGUAAAAGCUGUUUGUAAUAAACUGGAUGAAUUGAUCGAUGUAAUUCGAGUCGAUCAAAAACAUCGAAGUAGAAAUGAAGAAUCACUGGGCAUUGACAUUUUGGACCGGAGUUCAACAGAACUUAAUGGGGAUUUUUUGCAUUCCCAAUUGCUGAUCGACGUAUUAAUUAGAAUGAAGCCGAGUGAACAAGAUCAAAAUGAAUUAAUUGAAUUAUUAAAAACAGAAUACAAAGGUAAUGAAGCUGAAUUAAGAAGGGUGCACGAAUUUGCUAGUAAAUAUGCUUCUAAUUGUGCUAUAUGGUGGUAUACACGUGAUUCGUUUGUUUAUCGUUUACUAAACAAGGCGUUGCGUGUACGUAACGUGGAGAUGAUAUUUUUAAUGCGAAAUAUUAUUCGUGAUGUUUAUGAGCAGUUGCGUGUAAAUCAAUGUGAGAAGCGCGUGAUUGUUUAUCGUGGUCAAAUGAUAUCCGGUAAUGAGAUGAAAAAAUUGCGAGCAUCAAUUGGAAAUAUAAUAUCAUUAAAUUCAUUCUUAUCGACAUCAUUGAAUCGUAAAAUAGCUGAAAGAUUUGUAGGACAAAGUAUAGGAUCGUGUAGUUCUGAUGAUCGUGUAGGUGUGAUAUUUGAAAUUGAGGCUGAUCCUCGUUUGAUAAGUGAUACGAAGGUUGAUAAUCGACGACCAUUUGCACAAAUAGAUGAAUUUAGUUAUUACGGCGAAGAAGCGGAGAUAUUGUUUAUGAUUGGCUCAAUAUUUCGUUUGGAAGCAAUUCGUCGAGAUGAUUCUUUAGGCGAUACGAGAGUAUGGAUUAUUCGAAUGAGAUUAUGCAGUGAUGAUGAGAAUGAUCUUAAAAAAUUGUAUGAUCACAUGAAGAACGAAUACGGAGUCAGCAAGGAGACGAAUCUCAUGUCGCUUGGUUAUCUGAUGUGGAAGAUGGGCAAAUUUGAUCUUGCCGAAAAGUACUAUCGUCGAUGUCUGAGUGAACCAUCAUCGAAUGAUUGUUCACUUUCUGUUUUGUACCAACGUCUCGGCCUGGUUGCUAACUCGAAAGGUGAUGAUGACAGUAGUCUCGAAUGGUAUGAGAAAUCACUCGAAAGGAUGAUGAAAACUCGUCCAUCCGAUUAUGUGAAUAUUGGAAACGCACACAACAACAUUGGUAAUGCUCAUCGAAACAAAGGUGAUAAUGUUCGAGCACUUGAAUCGUACAAUCGAGCUGUGUCACUUUUCCAAGAAGCACAUGAUGAAAAUCACCCGAAGAUGGCCAUGUUUUACAACAACAUUGGCCUCAUUUGUAGACAGGAGAAGAGUUAUUUAGAAGCUCUUGACUUUUAUGAGAAGUCGCUUGCUAUUUGGAAGAAUCAUCUCCCAGCUGAUCAUCCUCAUUUAGGUUCGUUGUACAGCAAUAUGGGUGCUGUCCAUAGAAGUCUCAGUCAUUAUGAUCUUGCACUGGAGUAUUAUGAUCUAUCCAUUAAAAUCAGCUUGAAAGCACUUCCUGCUCAACACCCUGAUAUUGCAGUUACCUACAAGAACAUGGGUCUGGUAUAUGAAGAUGAAGGUGAACUAGAGCAAGCAUUGAAGUUACUGAAGAAGUCACAGAUUAUCUAUGAAGCAGCAUUGCCAGUUAAUCAUCCGAACGUAUCAAAGAGUAGAAAUGAUGUUCAACGCGUAGAAGAUAAAAUAAAGCGAAAGAAAUAA